AUUUUGAUCGCAAAACAAAAAUAGAAGAGAACGAAUACGAAGAGGUUUCGUAAAAUAGAAAGAGAAACGAAAUCGAAAUCGAAACCCUAAAUCGAAAUCAAAAUAUGAAAGUGAAAUUGAAACGGCGAUGGUGUGAAAUCUGAAACGGCGAUGGUGUGAAAUCGACGACCAAGAGGAACGAAGCAGAAAGAAGAAGAGGGACGAACACGAAAGAAGAAACAAAGCAGAACAGAAAAACGAAGGUGAAGGGAGAAGAAGCAGGAUAAAAAAGGCGUGGAAGUGGUCCUGUGUUUUUGAAGAUGGUGCUGUUUGGUGUGGUGUUCAAUACAAAGGGUAACUUUGUCAAAGACCCAAAGUUAAGGUAUGAAGGGGGGAAAGUUUUUGCUGUCAAGGCACAAGACACUGAAUUUUGGUCUUACUUUGAGGCAAGGGACAUCAUUCUGGAGCAUGACGAAGAUUUUGAUCUUGAGAAAGUCAACCUUUGGUGGAUGCAUAUUGAUGGAAACUUGGAAGAGGACAUUAAGCCAUUUAAGGAUGAUAAAGAUGCCGUUAAAAUGUCUACGUUUGCGGCUGAUAACAAUUGUGACGUUGAGCUAUAUGUGGAACCCAAAGACAGUAAAAUAGAUCUUUGUGUUUUAUUGAGCAAGGGUAAAGGAGUGGUUGAAGCUCAUGUAGAACAGAGCAAUAAGGAAAAGGUUGGUUCUGAUGUUGAUGAGUCACAAUAUGAAACAGAUGAAGAUAGUAGUGACGAUUCAGUGAAAGAUAUCCACUUUGAUGACAGUGAAGAAGAAAGGGCUUUUUGUCUAGAUGAUGGUUUUGAUGAAUUGGUGAAUGAAGUGUCUUUGAAUGUUAGUAAUCACAAAUGUGUAGCUGCACCUGGGAAUGUACAUGUAGGUGAGAUUGUUCCUCUUGUUCAAAAUGCAUCAGAUAAUGCACCUAAAGCUGGAAGUGAUGGUGGGAAGAUGUUGUUGAUUAAUAAUGCUCCUCAACAAUCAUAUUUGGGAUUUAAUAGGAAGAUGUUUAUGUCUAAUGAUAGUUUUAUUGUUGACUUAGAUAAACGCACUUGUUCUUGUAAUUUUUGGGAUUUAGUAGGGAUACCAUGUAGACAUGCUGUGGUCUCAAUUGGUAGGGCACUUGAAACCCCACAAAGUUAUGUUCAUACAUACUAUCACAAAAAAACAUAUUUGGAUUGUUAUGAUCAGACCAUUACACCUAUAAAUGGUCAAAAAAUGUGGCCAAAAACUGAGUUACCUUACAUACUCCCUCCUAAUUACAAGCGUGGGCCUGGUAGGCCAAAAAAAUUACGACGAAGAGAACCUGAUGAGGGAAGCCAAGGAAAUUGGAAAAGGAAUAGCACAACACAUAGAUGUAAGAAGUGUCUGAAAUAUGGUCACAAUGCAAGGACCUGUAAAGUUCCAAAUCUGGUUAAAGAAAAAGAGGCUACUAAUGGAAAUGACACUAAUGUAGUGGUUACAACAAAUGAAGGGGUUGUUGCAACUGUUGGUUCUGACACAACUAUGCCAAGUGACAAUGCUUCAUUGAUACAGACCCAAGGAAGCCAAACUGAGCCAGCACCAAAAAAGGGGAGGCCUAAGGGGAGUAAAAACUCCAAAGGAGGACCGAAAGUUUCCAAAGUACCAAAAGUUCCUAAAGUUCCAAAAGUUUCCAAAGGAGGACAAGUUUCAAAAGUUGAUAAACCAUCUGCUGAACCUAAUUCAAAUGUUGCAUCAUCUGUUGAACUGAAUUCAAAUGUCGUACCCUCUGCCGAACCAAAUUCCAUUGUUGCACCAUCUGCUGAACAGAGUCAGGGUACUCUAAUUGACCCAGAUUUAUUCGUUGAGUUGUUGUUCACUGAUGAAGUGCCUGAGAUGUUGUCCGAAAGAAUGGUGUGUUCAACACCUGUUGUGUCUAAGCCAGCUGUUAUGGUACCUUUUGUGUCUGCUGCUGAUGCACCUUCUAUUUCUGAACCUACAACUCUAAGUGAAAAGAAAAAGAAGAGAAAGGCAAAAUCUGAAUUGAACAUAAAUGUCAAAAAAGCCAAUUUCAAAACAAGUGAUAGACUUGGGACAUUGAAGACAAAGAAUGUUGAUGGACCGGGCAAAUAUGAAAACACACCAUUUAUGAUUGAUGAUGAUAAUGAGGCUGAAGCUCCAGCAAUAGAUCCAAAAAUUGGUCCAUGUGUGCAAGCUACUAGAGGAUUGAAAUUGGUCCAUGUGUGCAAGCUACUAGAGGAUUGAAACAGUGGGAAGACAUUAUAGUCAAAUUGACACAAUGAUGGAUUAAAUUUAUUUUUGUUGUUUUUUUGGAUGUAAUUGGUUACAUAUUAUGGUUAUCAUCAUGAACCUCAUUUAGACAACCUUUUAUUCUACUUUUUUGGAUGUAAUUUGUUACAUCGUAUGGUGAAUAUUAUCAUGAACCAAUUUUAGACAACUUUGUUCUAGUUUUUUGGAUGUAAGUACUAACAUCAUAUCAUCAUGGUGUUAUAAACCUCUUUGUGGUGAAAGUUUAAUGAAUGAUAUGAUAUUUUGAUAUUUAAGUACGUUGCUGUGGUCGUAACUAACAUAAUAUGUUGAUAGCAUUUCAACAUCACCAAG